AUGGCAGUGCCCCGCUACCUGACCGGUGAUGCCGCGGGCAUCAAGGAAUUCUUGGAUAAGUUUGAUGUCUUCCUGUUCGAUUGCGAUGGCGUCCUAUGGUCAGGAGACCAUCUCUUUCCCGGAACAGUUGAGACCCUCGAGCUCCUAAGAUCAAACGGCAAGCAAGUCGUAUUCGUCACAAACAACAGCACCAAGUCACGAGCAGAUUAUAAGAAGAAACUUGAGGUUCUGGGGAUUCCUGCUACAACAGAGGAGAUAUUCUCCUCAUCAUACAGCGCCUCAAUCUACAUCUCACGCAUCCUCCCCCUUCCACCCACCAAGCGCAAAGUCUUCGUGCUCGGCGAAAGCGGCAUAGAAAAAGAACUCCGCUCAGAAAACGUCCCUUUUAUCGGCGGCACAGACCCCUCCUACCGCCGCGAGAUCAGGCCGGAAGAUUACAAGCUAAUUGCCGCCGGCGACGAAUCCCUCCUCGACCCCGAAGUUGGCGUCGUCCUUGUCGGGCUCGACUUCCACCUUAACUAUCUCAAGCUCGCGCUCGCGUACCACUACAUCCGGCGCGGGGCAGUCUUCCUAGCGACGAAUAUCGACUCGACACUGCCAAAUUCGGGGACGCUGUUCCCUGGUGCUGGGUCCGUGAGCGCGCCGCUAAUCUCCAUGUUGGGUGGGAAGGAGCCGGUUUCGUUGGGAAAGCCGAACCAGGCGAUGAUGGAUGCGAUUGAAGGAAAGUUUCACUUUAAUCGCGAGCGGGCCUGUAUGGUUGGGGAUAGAGCGAAUACUGAUAUCCGAUUUGGAAUUGAAGGGAAGCUCGGUGGCACCCUGGGCGUUCUAACCGGGGUGAGCAGUAAGGAAGAGUUUCUGGAGGGGGAGGUGAGGCCGAUGGUUUAUUUGGAUAAGCUUUCUGAUUUGCUCGGGGGUCAAUGA